AUCACAGAGAUGGGGAAGGACUCGCUCCCCUCCUGGCUGCACUGGGACGCCAGCAGCAGAAUCCUGCAGGGUCUCCCUUUAGAGGAGGACAAAGGCGUCCACUACAUCUCCGUAUCCAUCUCCAACCACACCACCAAAUCCUCCUUCUCCUCCGAGGUCUUCUCCAUCGAGGUGCACCCCGAGGACCACGUGGACGCGGACUCGGCCCAGCUGGCGUCCAACCAGGCGUCGGCCGAGGACGACGUCCAGCCGUUCAUGUGCGGCAACGAGGAGCCGGUCACCGUGCUCACCGUCAUCCUGGACGCCGACCUGACCAAGAUGAGCUCGGAGGAGCGGGUGGAGCUGCUGGAUAACAUGAGGAGCUUCUCGGGGGUGGGGCUGCAGCACAUGAAGAUGCUUCCUGUGGUCAACAACAGGCUGUUUGACAUGUCGGCGUUCAUGGCCGGCCCGGGCAACGCCAAGAAGGUGGUGGAGAACGGCGCUCUGCUGUCCUGGAAGCUCGGCUGCUCGCUGGACCAGAGCACAGUCCCAAACAUCAACAGCGUCCAGGGUCCAGCGAAGGAAGGCAUGAUGUCCGCCAGGCUGGGAUACCCGGUGGUGGGCUGGCACAUCGCCAACAAGAAACCCCACGUCCCUAAACGGGUGAGGCGCCAGUUGAACAACACGCCGACGCCCGUCCUGGCUGUACUUCCUCCAACGACUGUCGUGGAGCCUCCAGUCAGGAUUAUCCCAACGCUCUCCUCUCCAUCUAUUGCCGCUCCGACUGAAAGCUCCGCCCCCCCUGUACGAGGCCCCGUCCCCUUACCAGGAAAGCCUACGAUCAGAGUCCGCGACACCAUUGCACACACGCCAACGCUCGGACCUCCUCAACCGACACGGGUGAUGGAGACUACCAGCACCCUUCCCAUCCAGCCAACCAUGACCAGGCCGACUUAUGUGGAAGCAACCGCGACGCCACCGACACCGACCAGAAGACCUACCAAGAAACCGAAGAGACCCAAAACCACACCGGUGCCAAGAGAGCCAAAGACCUCCACAGCCAAGCCUUCCAGACGCACCACACCAGCACCUGCCGUCAUCCCGGAUCCGUCCAAUAACAAGCCCGAGCUGCGUAACCCCAUCGACGAGGUUAACGCAUUGGUGGGCACCUAUUUCGAGGUGAAGAUCCCAUCGGACACGUUCUUUGAUAACGAGGACGGGACAACAGACAAGCUGCGUCUAACGUUGAGACAGAACCACAAUGAGGUGGUUGGAGAAGGCUCGUGGAUCCAGUUCAACACCACCAGCCAGCUUCUUUACGGCCUUCCCGAUGUCCAACACGCAGGGAAACACGAAUACUUCAUGCAGGCGACUGACAAAGGCGGCCUGAAUGCGAUUGACGCUUUUGAGGUCCGCGUGAACCGCUGGCCCGUGAACGACAAAACCCCGGUGGUCUUCACGGCCCGAUUCGAAGGCGAGCCGCGCUCUUUAAUCAACGAUGUCCACAAAAAGAUCUUCCUGGUUAAGAGGAUUGCGAACGCGUUGGGGGACCGCAACAGCAGCACGGUGAGUCUAAGGAACAUCACCAAGGGGUCUAUCGUGGUGGAGUGGACGAACAACAGCCUGCCGCAGCACCCGUGUCCAAAGGAACAGAUCACAGCCAUGAGCAAAGUGCUCGCCAACAAUCAAGGAGUGCCUACAGAGUCCUUCAAGUAUUACAUGGCGCCUGAGUUCAGACCGUUAGACGUGAAGGUUAAGGGAAGGGCCGCCUGCAGAACGUACUCCUUCAUCCCAGCAGGAGAGAUCGACAUCGCAGAACCUCCGGCGGUGACUCCAGGUGUGGGGACGAGCCGGCAGAGUACAGACGACGUGUACCUCCACACGGUCAUCCCCGCCGUGGUGGUCGCGGCGAUCUUGUUAAUCGCAGGAAUCAUUGCGAUGAUCUGCUACAGGAAGAAGCGAAAGGGCAAGCUGACCAUCGAGGACCAGGCCACUUUCAUCAAGAAAGGCGUGCCGAUUAUCUUCGCGGACGAGCUGGACGACUCCAAACCGCCUCCAUCGUCCAGUAUGCCCCUGAUUCUCCAGGAGGAGAAGCCCCCACUCCCACCUCCAGAGUACCCAAACAUGGCCACACCAGAGACAACUCCUCUCAACCAGGAGCUGCUGGGGGAGUACACAGCCCUGCGAGACGAGGACCCCAACGCCCCUCCCUACCAGCCUCCACCUCCCUUCACCACCCCAAUGGAGGGCAAAGGCUCCCGUCCCAAGAACAUGACCCCCUACAGAUCUCCACCUCCCUACGUGCCCCCCUAAGACUAACUCAACCCUCCCCUCGUUGGGGUGGAGGGAGGAGAAAGGAGAAAGGGAACGCCUGAGGAACUGUGACUGGUUUCCAUUCUGGUGUUUUUGUCUGUCUGGACUUUUACAGGGAGGGAUGACAAGAGGUGCUAAAGUACAAACAGCUACAGGGGACUUUGGUUUUU